UGCUCGCCUGCUCUCAUGGCUCUGACAGCUCUCCGUGUCGUCCCCUUGAUCAUGCAGCUGAAAUAGACAACUGGCCGCUUGUAAUAGACUUGAGAACCUUGUACCCAGUCUGCUCGCCUACGACGACAAACGGGGCAAAGGUGUGUGUUUGCAAGAGUAGUCGUGGGGGAGGGGAGGGGGAGGAUCCGCCAGGUAAGACACACACCGCCUCAGUGUGCUCUUGGCCACGGUCACGAGCGGACUGCAGCGCUUGGCCGCUCCUGCGUGUUGGGGAACCACUCUCUCUCCCCUUCUUUUCUCACUUUAUAUAUACAAUUGCAUUCUACCUCUUUAGUCGGAGAAGAAACGCUUCCCCCUGGCAUCGGGCUGGCCUCGAUUUUAGAGGGGAUUUUUUUCUCUAGAUUUGACAAGUGUUAUGAAAUGAAAAAAAAAAAAAGCUACUGACGUGAAAAGUGUUUUUGUUCUUUUUUCCGAGCACCGAGUGAUGUGAAUGUGUCAAACCAUUUUUUAUAUGCAUUAUGAUCAUUUAAGUGAUACCAAAGUUUUAUAGAAUUGUGAUAAAGUGUCAUCAGUGUAAUGAGCAAAAAAGAGCGAAGUGGCUUCACAAAACCAAUAUAAGAAAUAUAUACGUACAUAUAUACGUGUGUGUAUAUAUAACAUCGAUGAAUAUAAAUAUAUUAACAUAUCCCAUAUAUACGAAAAUACUGUUAAUUAAAGAGAAUAUCACAGGGUAAAAUUCUACGGCCCCGGCACGCCCGAAUUAACCUCGAGGCCAGUUCCUCCGGAGCCUCGCCUGCGCCGCAACUUGAGAGUACUCCGGCGUGAUCAGCGAGGCAACUAAAAACCCCAGGAGGGAAUAGAGACGCAGGAUCAAUUAGUCUCGCGAAUGAUUAAUUAAGGGAUUUAUCUCAUUAGAAUAACGUAAUCCUGUCCUCUUACGGAUAAGAUUAUUAAGUUGGAUGAUCCCGGCGACGAUUUGCCAGGAUAUCGAAGUUUCUAAAGGAAGGCCUUUUGUAGACCGAGUGCAGUUUCUGCCAUUUUUGUUCUUUUUAUUUAUGUGAAUAAUGAAAAUAUGAAAAUAUCUAUAAGUGAAUGAAGUUAAAUAUCGGACCCACAGAUUUAUCGGAAAAUACGCAGAGCGGAAAAUAGUUGAUGUUUGAAAUGUGGAGUGCACUUUUAGGAGCGACCCUCGUGAAAUUAAUUCUGGGAAUAUAAACGCUGAACUUUCGGUAAUUUCGCAAUGAGGUUAUUAGUCCCUCUGUAAGAAGGCAGAAGUGCAAGUUUCAGGGCAGAGAAAAUGAAGGCCAUUGGCUACUCAAGGGGGAACUAAAACAUUUGAAAUGGAGCACUUCAAAACCGCUUUCUGAAGACAGACUUUGGAAAACUACUUAGAAGCUUUUAAAGCUAUCCCGCCGGGCCUGGUCAUGCAGAUGGACGUGGUCAACUCAGGGCUCGAGGUCAUCGCGGACAGGGACUUCGGGGACGUCCAGGUGGAGAAUCUCAGGCUCAUGUCCAACCACAUCCGCCUCAUCGGGGACAAGGCCUUCGGCCAGAUGAGUUACUCUCUCCGCUCGCUGGACCUGAGCUACAACGAGCUCGCCGGAAUUCCCCGCCAGGCCCUUCGCCCCCUCAGGAGCUUGGAGUGGCUCAACCUCCACGGGAACCACAUCGCCGAACUAGUGGCUGAGGAUUGGACGAGUCUCCGGGACACCCUGGCGACGCUCUUCCUUGGAGAGAACGACGUCGACCACGUCCCUCGAGAGGUCUUCAGCAGGUGCAGGCGACUCAUCUGGCUUAACCUUGAUGUGAACAACAUCCUCACCCUUGAGCGAGAGUCCCUUCCCAAAAACAUCCAGACGCUCAGCCUGAACCACAACCUAUUGUCGGGCUUCCCUUCCGAGGCAGUGAGCAACAUUCAAGAUUUGACAUGGCUCUUCCUCAGGGGUAAUCUUCUAGAUAGACUUCCGGACACUGGCUUUACCCUACCCAAGAAACUGGAUAAGCUCGACUUAGGAGAAAACUUCAUUCGUUUCAUCCCCAACAACCUCUUCAAUAACACUGUAACUGCACGGGACCUUCACCUCGAUUUCAAUCUUCUGACCGAAAUACAAGAUGAAGCAUUCAAGGGUCUCAACCCUGGGCGCCUCUACCUCUCUGCUAAUAACAUAAUGAAUAUCACAGAACAAGCCUUCCUGGGGGGGCCUGAGCACUCCCUAGUCAUGCUGGACCUGGAGAAGAACAAACUCGAGUCCGUCCCAAAGGCCUUGUCACACCUGAAGAGACUUCGAUAUCUAUAUCUCCCAGACAACAAAAUAGCUGAUAUUAAAGAUGAUGUCUUCCGUUCCUUUUGUGAAUCCAUGGAGGCCCUAAGCCUGUCCGGAAACCAACUGAAGGCCAUCCCUCGCACUGCCUUGGAGAACUGCAGCACAAUAGCACACCUCAAUCUGGGACAUAACCAAAUCACGGAAAUCCACGAGGAGGAUUUUGAUACCUGGGGUGAUAGCCUUGACACUCUCAUUCUAAGGAACAAUCGUAUUUACAGUAUCCCACCACAUGCCUUUAGAUACACACCAGAGCUUAGAGAACUCAGUCUUUCGUUUAACAGAAUCGUUGAUGUUUCUGCAGAAUCUUUUAUAGACAUUCUUAAUACUCUUGAAGUUUUGGAAAUAAGUUUAGGCUUUUAUAGAGACGAUUUCCCAGAAGAAGUCCUGAAGCCUUUAACUGCGCUGCAGUGGAUUGCUUUGGAUAAUAAUAACUUCAGAACGAUAUCCGAAACUGCUCUCUACUCCUUUGGCGAGCUUAGAUAUUUCAACAUGGAUUCUAACCGACUUACAUAUAUACCAAAAACCCUCUUUCAUCAGAAUGUACAUAAGAAUCUUCGAGAUAUUAGACUGGCUCUCAAUUUCCUGGAGAGAAUUGAGGUUCACACUUUCCAUAAUCUUGUUGGUCUUAGGACUCUCGUUCUUACAGGAAACAAAAUAAAGACUGUCCACUUCGAGGCAUUCAAAGCCUUACCCAAACUAAGUACUAUUUUGUUAGCAAACAACGAAAUAGAGACCAUAGAACCUCGGGCCUUUUCAGAUCUUCCAAACCUUAUGGAACUUGACCUACAGCAUAACAAAUUGAAAGAGUUGUCCUUAAAUGCAUUUUCCAACGUGACCAGCCCAACAACACCUCUUGCUCUCAAUAUUUCAUACAAUGAUAUCCAAGAGCUAUCCACGGGGUCAGGACCACCCAUCCUGCUCAAAAGCCUGGAUGUGAGCCACAAUGCUCUUAAAGAAGUGCCUAUCAACUUUCUCGGAGCUUUUACGUUCUCCAUUCAGCGUCUUGACCUUGGGUACAACCUCAUUAAGAAACUCGACAGUAGCGCCUUUGGGCCUCUGGGCACCCUCCAGAUGCUCAUCCUCGAACACAACGGUAUUAAACAAAUACGUCCUCGUGCGUUUUCCUCGCUGGAAAAAGUCCAACUACUAGACCUCAGCCACAAUCACUUAGAGAACCUGCCACCUGAGUGCUUUACUGAUGUGGCAUUCCUGCGUGUGCUUGAUCUCUCCUACAACCAUUUGCGCUCUCUUCCCAAUUCUGUGUUCCGAGGCACACAGCUGGAAACCAUUGGACUUUCACACAACGAGUUUGUCUCCAUGCCCACUGCUGGCUUUGCAGAGGUGGAGACGACCCUGCAUUACCUUGACAUCUCAAACAAUCACUUAGAACACUUGGACAAUACAAUGUUCUACAGUUUCCCAAACCUUAUCGAACUGAACUUGGCUAACAAUCGGCUCACGAUAUUACCUGACAACGUGUUCAUCAGCCUCACGAGUCUCAUCAGUCUCGACCUCAGUGGUAAUCCAGUCCGAGCCAAUUUCAAGGAACUGUUUCACUACACACAGAACGUUCAGAAACUCAACUUGGCCAAUAUUGGAUUCAGUUCUUCGCCCAUCAUCCCGCUUCCGAAUCUCAAUUCCCUUAACUUGUCAGGAAAUUCAAUGUCUGAGAUUGAAGUCCAGUCAGUUGAGAGUCUGCGUCAGCUGAGAUCGUUAGACUUAUCACACAAUAAACUGAAAAACGUGAGAUCUCGUCUUUGGAGACAUAUGCCCUUCCUGAAGUUCCUGGAUUUGUCGUCUAAUCCAAUUAAGUCACUGACAAAAGACAGCUUCGGUGGGGCUGCCAGCAUCGAGACUCUGGUGCUGAGCAAUCUUGACGAUAUCACACGUUUUGAUUACGAUGCCCUUUCUCAUAUGACGUUCUUGAGAGAACUCUAUAUGAACACCUACCCGAAUAUCGAGAAAUAUAG